ACAAUGACCUAUAAAAGUGCACACAGACAAUCCGUAGCUCUUUCCAGAUAACCAAACAGCCCCACCGCAGCCACCGGCAACCGGACACAGCCACCGUGUAAGAACCCUAAUCCGCUGUAUCUGCGUCGGAGCCCUACCCUAGCAACCGGAGCGAUGUCCACCUCGGGGCAGCCGCAGUUCCGAUACACUCAGACCCCGUCGAAGGUCCUCCACCUUCGCAAUCUUCCAUGGGAGUGCACCGAGGAGGAGCUUGUGGAGCUCUGUAAACCCUUCGGCAAGAUCGUCAACACCAAGUGCAAUGUCGGCGCCAAUCGCAACCAGGCCUUCGUGGAAUUCUUGGACCUUAAUCAGGCCAUUUCUAUGGUUUCAUAUUAUGCUUCAUCUUCGGAACCUGCACAGGUUCGUGGUAAGACUGUGUAUAUCCAAUACUCUAACAGACAUGAAAUUGUCAAUAACAAGAGUCCGGGAGAUGUUCCUGGAAAUGUCUUGCUGGUAACAAUCGAGGGUGUAGAAGCUGGCGAUGUGAGCAUAGAUGUUAUUCACUUGGUGUUCUCUGCUUUUGGAUUUGUGCACAAAAUUGCUACAUUUGAAAAGGCUGCAGGUUUCCAGGCCUUAAUCCAAUUCACCGACGCUGAGACUGCUUCUUCAGCAAGGAAUGCAUUGGAUGGAAGAAGUAUUCCCAGGUAUUUACUGCCAGAACAUGUUGGUUCAUGUCACUUGCGUAUCUCAUAUUCUGCACACACAGAUCUGAAUAUCAAGUUCCAGUCUCAUCGAAGCAGGGACUACACAAAUCCAUACCUUCCUGUGAAUCCUACUGCAAUUGAGGGAAUAGCACAGCCUGCUUUAGGUCCUGAUGGCAAGAAAAAAGAACCUGAGAGUAAUGUUCUUCUUGCUUCAAUUGAGAAUAUGCAAUAUGCUGUUACAGUAGAUGUUCUUCACACGGUAUUCUCUGCAUUUGGUACUGUCCAGAAAAUUGCCAUAUUUGAGAAGAAUGGUGGGAUGCAGGCUCUAAUUCAAUAUCCUGAUGUCACAACUGCAGCAGUUGCCAAAGAAGCUCUAGAGGGACACUGCAUAUAUGAUGGUGGCUAUUGUAAGCUUCAUCUAUCAUACUCUCGUCAUACUGAUCUCAAUGUAAAGGCACAUAGUGAUAGAAGUAGAGAUUAUACAAUCCCAGAUUCAGGUCUGCUUGCAGUGCAACAAGCACCUGGUCACCCAGGUGCUACAACUGUAUGGCAGAAUCCUCAGGCUGCUCCAUUGUAUACUGGGCAUGAUGCCGCUGCUGCAGCUGCUGUGCAAGUGCCAUCAUGGGACCCAAACAUGCAGGCAGGUAGAUCAACCUUUGCUUCGGCUGCUAGCGCAUUUCCCAGUCAACCAUUUGCAUCAUCUUCUAUUUCUGCUUAUCCGGCUCCCCCUGGUUCAUCACCCUUGACACCAGCUGUUCCGCCAAAUGUGCGACCUGGUGGUGCUUCACCUCCAGGCCGUCCUCCUUACUUUGGUCAGUAAGUUGUAUGCUUUAACUACCAAAAAAAGGGGGAAAAAUGGUAGCCUGCUCUGCAUUUGUUUUUCUGGAGCACACAAAGUUCAUUAUACCUGAAUCCAUCUUGCAGUAGCUUGAUUCCAGCACGGCUUUCUUACUUUUUCAUGUGUGGACCAUUCAAGCUGUAUUUGUGUUGAAAUUGAAAUGUAGCAUUAGAAAUUUUGCUAACACUGCCUUUUCUCCUCUAUUCUGGUGGAAAUGAAAUGAAUUUGGUUUCUUAGCAA